AUGAUUAUAAAAAUUCAAAAUGAGAAUCGAAGUGUUUGGAUUCCUUCACCAACUCUCAAUAGUGAUUCCUAUAUUGCUUUACUAUUUGAAAUAUUUUGGAUCCUAAUUUGUUCAAUAGUAGUUAUUCGCUGUGUAUUCGUCUUGCUAAAAACUCGUCAAGUUCAUCUAAAUCUAAGUCUAGCUAUAAGUAUUCUCUGGUUACAAUGGUUCGAAGUUGCUCUCGCAAAAAUAUUCAUGUUACCCUAUCAAUAUGGAUUCUACCAGUUGAAUGCUUCAACUUCCAGUGUUUCUAAUUUUUGGACAAGUGAUUCAUCAAAAAUGAUAUUAGUGAGCAAUUAUGAGAGCAUUUCAAAUCUUUGCAUUGGCGGAUUCUUGUUGUGGCAUUAUGUAUACUCAUUGGCAAUUGGCUCCGCAGCAGUUGCUGUUGAACGCAUUUUCGCCACGUUUUUCAUAGGGUAAGUUUACUAGUUGAUGGGUCUCAGAAUCAAAUAAAGCUUUUUCAGAGAUUAUGAGCAUAGCACAAGAAGACUUAUCGUAAUUAUUCCUGCAAUUAUCACUCAAAUAAUCACACUUCGAUUAACUGUUUCAUCUUUAGAACAUAAAAUUUCAUUUGGAACAGUUAUUGGGGUUUUUACAGUUCAAGGAGUAUACUUAUUUGGGGUAAGUUUGACGGAAAGUUUUGUUCGAAUAAAUCGAAUUUUUUUUUCACAGACCCAAAUCUUUGUUUUCAAAUACAAUAAGCGAUUACAAAGUAUGUCAAACAAUAACAAAUAUUCGUUGAGUAGCAAAUAUCAAAUCAGUGAAAAUCUUCGGGUUCUCAACAUGAUUCGAAGUUUUGUGUUAGCUUGUAGUAUUUAUACACUCAUCGCAUGCUUGCUUUUCUAUUUGACCGUAUCGCAAUAUUUUUCGGGCGAAUUUGAGAGUUUUAUCAAUCACAUCAUUGAAACACUGAUUUUUUUGUGAGUUUGAAGCCUGAUUGUGAACUUGAUCUACUUAAUUUUCUGAUUUAGCAAUCCAAUUAUACUUUCAAUAGUCAUUAUGCAUUCAAACAAGUUUUGGUGGCUAAAAUUCUGGGGUUUUCGAUCAAAAAUUAUCAGAGAUGAGACCAAGAAACCAGAUAUUGCUGAUGAAACUGAUAUCUACUUCCGACAACUCAAAAAUGCAUGGGUUUGA